AUGACGGUCCCAAGCCUCGGCGUCACUGGCACCCCGUGGCUUUGUGGAAACGACUUCAGGAGAUGGACUAAAAUUGAACUCCAAUGCCAGUUUCUGGAAGAUGAAUUCUUCAAACAGGUACAAGAAGAUGUGGAGCUGGUCCUUCAAGAGUCACAGAGAGAGAGAGAGACAGAGAGAGUGUGUGUGUGUGAGGGGCGUGUCGGGUGUCGUGUUUCUCUUUUGUCACCUGCAGCAUUAAAUCUUUGGCUCAUUCACCAUCAGCAUCAGAGACACACACACACACACACGCACAUGAUGGAGUCAAGCAGCGGGCGCUUCUCUCUCCUCGCGCCGCACCCGACGCUCUUCCUCCGGCCGGAUGACAGGAGUUACCCGCGCAGCCCGAAAUGCGCGCGCUGCAGGAAUCACGGGGUGGUGUCGGCGCUAAAGGGUCACAAACGCUUCUGCCGUUGGCGCGACUGCGCGUGCGUCAAAUGCGCGUUGAUCGCGGAGAGGCAGCGCGUCAUGGCCGCGCAGGUGGCGCUGCGGAGACAGCAGGCGCAGGAGGAGCUGCAGAUGAUUUACCCCGCGCCAGGAGCGACCGAGGGCGGCGUGAGCGUCUCCAGAACACCGCUGAGCUCGUUUGACGCCUUCAGUCCGGACGCGUUCAAAGAAGAGAAAAGCCUAAACAAGUGCAGCAUGUUCAGUGGAUUCGUGAGUCAGGCUUUGUUCGCAUCAGAAAAGAGUGACCCGUCAAACGGCAGCGCGUCUCCUGGACCGGAUCGUCUCUCCGAACACACGAGUCCACAGUCUCUGACCUCCUCGGAUCUGGAGUCCGGCAGCGAGUCGGAGAAACCGUCGGAAGCGCCCGGGAGAAACCCCACCGCUGUUCUGACAAAGAUCUUCCCUCACGUGAAGCGGGACGCUCUGGAUUCGGCUCUGAAGGCCAGUUCGGGAGACGUGGUGAAGGCCAUCGAGCUGGUGCUCAGUUCCCGGGAGGGUCAGAGUUCAAACGGAGACGUCGUGCCGCAGUCGGAGAACCUGCUGGUCUCACGAUCAGCCGCCGUCCGGCUCUCAGACGCGCCCCUGAGACACUUCAGCUCCAGAUCGGCUUUCUCUCCCCUCCACGCUUCAGCCACGAACUCUUUCGGUGCCGACGGUUUGUUGGGGUUAAACCCUCGGUUCGCCAUCGGUCCGCUGAGACUCGCCUACUCGACACCCAACUUCAUUCCACCAUAUCUGACGUCCGGAUUCGUCCCAGCCAUGUCCCUGCGGCCGCCAGCGGACCAUCCGCUCCUGCGGGACCUUCCCUACCCCAAAGAGCCCUUCAGCCCCACGGUGUUUUACUCCAGCCUCGGCCACGACAAAUAACCUCUGCUUUCAUUAAACUGCAGUGUACAGAACGGAGAUGACUGAACAAAACACCAGCAGCACAUUGGUGCCUCUACUUAUUGUUUAUGUUGUAUAUGUUUAUGCUUAUUUGAAUGUCAAAUUUUGUUAAUAAAUCCUAAAUACAACUUUA